AUGGUAGAGCACGUCAGUUUCAGGACAGAAAAAUAUGCCGCCACGGCUAAACGAUCCGAGAACGCCCCGACUGCGUUCAACCACCACGAUCCUGACACCUGA